AUAAACGGAGGUAUACAAGUAGUAAACUUGAGCGCUAACAAGACGGGGAUCUUCUUCCGGCGGAGUGAGCCGAUUGUAAAGCAUAUCACAUAGAGACAGAAAGGUUACCCACAGCUGAUUGGUCACUCUGGUGUACAAAUCUCCAAACAGAGGAGCUCUAAGAGUAACUGAGACACAGAAGGUCCCCACUACGCCAAGGUCACAAUACUGGGAGGAGUUGAGAUUUAGUACUGGGAGAAUAAGAAAAAUCUGCUGUUUACUGUGACAUCUCAAUGGAUGUGAAACAGGAGACCUGUGAUGGGGACACAAACAUCAUGGAUAUAAAUGUAAAUAUUAAGGAGGAGGACGAGGACUGUAAUUGGGAGUUCAUCUACCCUAAACAGGAAAGUCUGAGCAUCAAGGAGGAAGAAUGUGAACUUCAGUCAGUGGACAUUAAAGAAGAAGCUGAGGAGAAGUCUGUCAGUAUUGGGAUGCAUUACCAUACAAAUUUAAGAAGUGUUGAGGAAUGCGUUCUUCAUGAUUGGUGUCAAGAUGGAGUGAUGACAGGGUUAGACUCUUCUCAAAGCAGACACUGUUCAUCUCCAGAGCCUUCUAUCAAUGUGAAGUCUGAAUCAUUACAGUCUGACACAAAGAGGACUGAGGAGACUACAUCUGAUAGAAGUCAGAAAAAUCAGCCACCAGCUACAAAGAAGUCUGGGAAAAGAAACAAACAUAACUGCUGCUUGGAAUGUGGCAAGGAAUUCUCUGACAGGAGUGCUCUUCAGGUCCACACUAGAGUUCACACCGGAGAGAAGCCGUAUUACUGUAAUGAAUGUGGUAAACAGUUUUCACAAAUUGGCAAUAUUCAGAGACACACAAGAGUUCACACGGGAGAGAAGCCAUAUUGCUGUAAUGAAUGUGGCAGACAAUUCUCUGACAGAAGCAGUUUUCAAAUCCACACAAGAAUUCACACUGGAGAAAAGUCAUACCGCUGUGUGGAAUGUGGCCAAAAAUUCUAUGACAUGAGCAAUCUGAAGUACCACACUAGAGUUCACACGGGAGAGAAGCCGUAUUGCUGCAAUGAAUGUGGUAAACAGUUUUCACAAAUCCGCAAUCUUCAGAGACACACUACAGUUCACACGGGAGAGAAGCCAUUUUGCUGUAAUGAAUGUGAUAAACAGUUUACAGUACUGGGGAAUCUUCAGAGACACACUAGAGUUCACAACAGGAGAGAAGUACAGCUGAACAGUUCCGAGUAAAGAGGGAGGUUCACUCGUGCCUGGACCGUAAGCACAUGUAACCGACUGGAAUCUGUCCUACUUGCUGUUGUGUCAGAAAGAAGUCAACAUGGAGGAGAAACAGAAGUUUGUUUCCAUUCCAUUUCAAGAAAAAAAAAAGAACAGGGCAUCAUACACACAGCGUCUUGUCAAUGCGGAUUAAAUAAUAAAUCAAGUCAAUUACUAAUAAUUACAAAUGUAACCUAAUACAGUAAUGCAAAAUCAAUAAAAGUAAAAUCCAGAAUAUACAAAUUACCAUGUUGAACACCAUGGUGAAUUACAUUAAAGCGCUGUGGCAGCAAGAUAAAAGA